AUGGCUCAUCUCUCCUCCUCUUCCUCCUCCUCUUCCUCCUCCUCCUCUGCAGGCCCAAAGCAGGAGAUGAUCUACGACUUCUGGCGGAUGGUUUGGCAGGAGAACUGCUUCAGUAUUGUCAUGAUCACCAAGCUGGUGGAGGUGGGCCGGAUGAAGUGCUGUAAGUACUGGCCGGACGACACAGAGCUGUACGGAGACAUUAAGAUCACGCUGCUGAAGACCGAGACGCUGGCCGAGUACACGGUGCGCACCUUCGCCAUGGAAAGGAGAGGAUACCCGGCCAAACACGAGGUGUGUCAGUUCCACUUCACGUCGUGGCCGGAGCACGGCGUCCCGUAUCACGCCACCGGGCUGCUGGCCUUCCUGCGCCGCGUCAAAGCCUCGACCCCUCCUGACGGGGGGCCGGUGGUGGUGCACUGCAGCAUGGGGGCGGGUCGGACCGGCUGCUACAUCGUUCUGGACGUCAUGCUGGAUAUGGCCGAGUGUGAGGGGGUGGUGGACAUCUACAACUGUGUGAAGACCCUCUGCUCCCGACGCAUCAACAUGAUCCAGACCGAGGAGCAGUACGUGUUCAUCCAUGACGCCAUCCUGGAGGCGUGUCUGUGCGGAGAGACGGCCAUCCCCGUGAACGAGUUCGCUCUGACCUACAAGGAGAUGCUGAAGGUCGACACGCAGAGCAACACCUCGCCCAUCAGAGAGGAGUUUCAG